AUGCCAACCAGAUCCAAAUUUUACAACCCAGAAACGGCGCAUUAUUAUAAUCCUAAAACAGAAAGAAAAGUUGUGAUAAUUACGGGAGGAAAUUCGGGUAUCGGAUGGUACACAACACUCCAUUUGUAUCUCCAUGGUUAUGUGAUAUAUAUGGCUGGAAGAACUGAGCUGAAGGUUAGAAAAGCGUUUGAAGAUAUUGAAAAAGAAGCACAAGCAAGAAUAACCAAAGAAGGAAAACCAAAUCAUAUUUUUGGCGAAUUACACUAUAUUCAUAUUGAUUUAUUGGACUUGUCGUCGGUUCCAAAAGCAGUUGAAGAAUUCUUUGCCGCUAGAGAAGACAAAUUGGAUGUGUUGAUAAACAAUGCUGGUAUCAUGGCGGUGCCAUUUGAGGUGACCAAGGAUGACUAUGAGAUUCAAUACCAAGUGAAUUUUGUGGCCCAUUUUCUCUUGACUCUUCAAUUGAUCCCUUAUUUGCAAAAGACUGUUGAUGCUGGAGAAACUCCCAGAAUUAUUAAUUUAUCCUCAAUUGGACACAACUUCUCCUACAAGUAUUUCAAACCAGAGAAUAAUAAGACAAACACAUUUCCAAACAGUAUUUUUACUUGGGUUCGGUAUGGUAUUGCAAAGACAGCUGAAAUUCAAAUCACCAAGGAAUGGGCUAUCAAAUAUCCAAAGUUUUUGUCAAUCGCUAUUCAUCCAGGUGCUAUAUUGGGCACCAAUUUAUAUGAUUACUGGCGUCAAGCUCCUAUUAUGAAGUACCCAGCAAAUGCAAUUUUUGCAAUCUUUGAUAAAUUUAUGGGUGUUUCUAAUGAAGAAGGUGCUUUGGCUACGUUAAGAGCAGUUAUGGAUCCGAAUUUGAACACUAAAAAAGAUAACGGUGGGUACUUAGUUACCGGUGGUGUUUUUGACAAACCAAGUAAAGUCGCUAGUAACCUGAAAUAUGCAAAGCAAACAUGGGAUUGGAAUAUUGAACAAUUGGAGAAACGUGGAUUUGAUGUAGCAGUAAAAAAGUAA